AGUAGCAAGAAGAACAGCGGCAGAAUGUCAUAUCACGGGGGUGUCUUUCAAGCGCCCACUCGGAUCGCUAAGUCUAGACCCUUUUAUAAUGUAAAGAGCGCAUUCACCCUUGACAACACUCGCAGACAUUGUUAUUUUAACUGCACUGCAGAAAGAUGCUAAAGCAAACCCAAAAUAUUUAGUUUCAAUAUCCGGGCAAAUGGCCAAUUACAAAAAGGUGGCCAUUAGCUUGGCGCUCCUGCUGCUCCUUCUCUCCGUCGCAGCAGCCUCCUUUCCACCUGCACCUCCAGAUGCCUCGACUGCCUUGACGUUAAUCCAUGACAUUGCAACAAAAAAUAUGGGCGCAUUAUGCUCUCAGCAGCGCUUCCAAUUGCUGCCCGUGGCCGUUGAAAACGCAGCUUUGCGACAUGACGCCACACGGCAAAAAGUCGAUUUUGCUGCUGCUCUGCUUCAAGACGUCGGAUUAAUCAAUCGCUCAGCAUUAUUAGAGGCGGUGGUGAAGAAUCUGCGCUCGCUAGGGGGACCAUCCACAUUGGCAGCGAGGGCUGUCGUUUUCAACAUGACGUCGAAAUCACUUCUUCUAAUCAAAAGAGACGCUCCAGGCACUGACCCCGGACUUCUUCUGACCGAGGGCAGCCGCAUGGGCCCUACUGAGAUUCCUUGGUUGCCGAAACUCUUCGAUCCGGACAAGAUGCACGCGCCUCAAUUCAUGGAGUCGGCUUCGAAGGUCCAGCGUGGACGGUGGACCGUUCCCUACUACUCUUGCUACAACCAGAAAUGGCUCAUUUCUUACUCUGUCACCAUCCAGCCAAAAGCAAAAAACACUAGAGGAUUGAUCAGCGUUGACGUCGAUCUUUCCGACUUGGACGUAAACCAGUGCGAGCUGAACAAGUCGAUGCCCAGCCUGUUGAAUCCAUUUGUGGGAACUCACAGGUGCCACCGUGAGACCAGCAUCUGCGAGGCGAUUGAAGGGCGCGGCUGGAGCAGGGGCGCAUACCGGUGCCGUUGCCUACCCGGCUAUUAUUCGAGAAAGCCCCUGCAGUCCAUCUUCAAUGGGACCCUUGUGGAGCAAGCGUGGGAAGAAUAUCAAGAAAACAGAAGUGACAACUACUGGCACUUUUAUCAAUGCCACCGAUGUGCUCCAGGAUGCAGCACUUGCUCCGGACCAGAGCUCUGUCUUGCCGAAUACAACUGGCCCUUCAGGAUUGCUCUACUAACGAUUAGUUGUGCUUGUGUUGUUUCAACUCUACUCCUAAUUUGCUAUGUGACGCAGCACAGGAAACUGAAAGUAUUUAAAGUUGCCAGCCCCAUAUUCUUAUCUAUUACGCUCUUGGGUUGCGCCAUUAUGUAUCUUGAGAUGGCUGCAAUUUUUCCAGUCCUUGACAUGUACUCUUGCAUAGCUACAAAGUGGACUCGCCACUUAGGUUUCUGUGUUACCUACACUGCCCUGCUCAUGAAAACCUGGAGAGUUUCUCUAACAUACAGAGUCAAAUCAGCUCACAAGGUAAAACUGACAGAUAAACAGUUGCUGCAGUGGAUGUUUCCAAUACUUCUGGUCAUGCUGAUCUAUCUGGGAACUUGGACUUUAAGCGCUGCACCCAUUGGUGAAGACAUUUUCGAUAAUUCGGGACUGAGGUUCAAGCAGUGUACGUACAAUUGGUGGGAUCACAGUCUAGCCAUAGGAGAGGUUUUGUUUCUGGCAUGGGGCAUCAGAGUGUGUUACAAUGUGCGGAAUGCGGAAUCCUUGUUCAACGAGGCGCGUCUCAUUACUUAUGCGAUUUACAACAUAGCAGCAGUCAAUAUUGCCAUGGUUGCUUUUCAUUUGCUCAUCUUCCCGAGAGCUGGGCCGGACAUAAAAUAUUUGUUAGGUUUUGUGCGCACGCAGCUCAGUACAACAACCACAGUUGCAUUGGUAUUUGGACCAAAAGUCUUUAGAGUUUUACGGGGUCAAGGAGAUCAGUAUGACAGCCGAGCGCGGGCAAGAGGAGUGACUGCAUCAUUUUCAUUAAACGGGAUUGGUCUUGUGCCUGACGAGCCUCCGGAUCUUUACCAAGAAAAUGAGGAGCUGAAGGAAGAGGUGCAAAAGCUGGCAGCUCAAAUUGAGUUCAUGCGGAUCGUGCACAUGGAAAUCAAUAAUCGGCACCUGAAGCCGAAGCCAGGUGGUUAUUUCAGCGGAGGAGGUAACAAGGGUGGUGGAUAUCGUUCGGCCGAGCCAAGUGACGCGUCAACAGCAGGUCCAGCAAAUGCAGAGAGCGGCGCGGAAAGACUCUGACUAGUCAUCAAUAGUGAAGAGGUUUGGCUGUGAGUCAUUAUCCAGUUGGUGGGAAUUUGCUGAUCAAAUAACAAGAUGAAUGCCCAUCUGUCUUUUUCACUUUCUAUUACGGCUCCAUUGCAGUACGCCAAAGAAGACUUUUGAUUUUAAUAGAAUAAUUAAGCCUCCAUCUUCAAAAUAAAAAUAUCCGUUGAUAAAGGAGGGAAAUUAAAGUGAAAAAUCAGAGUGAUUAAUUUUUUAAUUUGCCAGUGGAUAACAAAUAAAUUUAUUUUCGGAAGUUUUAGAAAGUAUUUAAAAUUAACUUCAUUAUUUAGAUUUUUUUUAAAUAAAAUCUAAAAUACAUUUAUUUUGUUUAUAAUGCCACCUUGUUCAACAGAUACAUUAAAAAAAAAAACUAUUAAAAUUUUAGGGAAAAAAAUUAAAAGCAAUAACUAAAGGAAGCCUGAAAGUGUUAAAAGACUUUUUUCCAGAUAGUCAAGCUAGCGUCAACAAUAGCUUCUUAUACUGGUUUGAUGAUUUGCGGUCAAAACUUUUCACUAUUGGGUAAUUUUUUUAAGUUAUUUGAUUGAUCUUUCUUAACGAUGAUGUCAAAAAUCUCCGAUUAUGGUAAUACCAAGGAUUUAAAGUACGAUUGAUAAAAUAUUGGAAAACUUAGCACUGUUGUAAUUUAGAUCUCUCAAAAAGUUUAGUCAAGACAAGGGAUGAGUCACAGGUUAGAUUAAAAAAUUGACGUUACUUGCAUCUUUUGUACAGCAUGUGUCAAUUUUUGUUGUGAUAUUUGUAGUGUUCAUUUACAAACUGUUGUUUUUAGAAACAUAUUUCAAACUAUCAAGUAUUUAUUAGUAAUUGUAUUUCUUUGGCUUGAAUUAUAAGUGAGUUUUUUUAACACUUGAUUUAUGAAAAUCUUCUUAGUGUUUUGAAAAAUGCGUUUUCUCUUGUUCAUAAUUGUAUGGUUAAGCGCUUUGAGUGGCAAAUUGGCCAAACUCUGAAUAAUGAUCUCUAUAAACUACAGGACAGAAAAGAGAUCAAAUUAAAAUGACAAAAGUGUGUUAAAGACAUGUUACUGUUGAUAGAAAUGUAGAAGACAAGCGGAAAAAGCUGUUUAGAAUAUUAUAUAUGUGAUCCACGUUAAUUGUUAGACCUUAAAUCUGCAAAAUAACAGGAAAAUCUUAUCAAUAAAAUCUACAGGCGGGCAGGGGCUGACUUAUUCUCACAGACUUAUAUUGCUGUUGGAGGCUUUUUUAAAUAUUUAACUUUGAAAAAUGCCAAUUCCAAUUUUGAAGAGUUUGCUAUAAAAUUUUGGAUUUUUAGGAAAAAGACUAAAUUUUCAAGGCAGUAAAGAGCAGGUCUCAUUCCGGCACAAGAAUUUUGUGUGAAUUAAUAAAACUUUUGGAAAAUUGUUGAAAAUUUUAAAUCGAUAGGUUUAAAAUUAUGUAUCAAUUACUGUGACGCACAGCAAAAUAAUCAGCGCCUCAAUGUCUUCCUGUUUCCAAUGUUGUCAUUCUCGGUAAUGUUUGAACUUCCUUGCGAUGAUAAAUUAUAAUAUUGCGCUUUUUGUACGUUGGUGUAGUCAUAAUAAACUAGAAAAUAAUGGUACCUCUAUGGAACUGACUGACCACAUUUUGGGCCUUUUAAACAUAGUUUCAUUAUUUCGUCAUUGAAAACAAUAUUUUAAGAAAUUUUUGAGGGUCCCAAAACCUUUGUCAAGGCAGAGAUUUUAAUGUUAUCGUUGGCACGGAAAACAAAACACAAUAAUUGUUAUGUCGUUAUUAUGUUAAUUGUAAAGAGUGUGUGGUAAGCUUCUAAAAGUGCAAUAAAAAUUGCCGUACCAUUGA